AUGAAAGAGAAUUGGUUUAUCAGUAUUGUUAAGAAUCACUUUAGAGGAGGUUCAUUUCAAAGAUCAGAGAAUACUAUUGAAAGAGAGAAGAUAUUGAUUUUCAAUAUCCCUUUCAAUAGAUGGAUUCUUUUUCCCUGUGCAUUCUUAAUUCAUUUAUGUAUUGGUAGUUUACAGGGAUGGUCUAUCCUGAACAAGCCAAUAGAUAAACACAUCUAUGGAGAUCCAACAAAAGGAAGAGCUCCAAUAACAAACUAUAUUGCAAUGACUUUUGAUUGUUUAACUUUACUUAUCGUUAGUCCAUGGCUGGAGAGAAAUGAUAUCAAAAUAGGUUUACUAAUAGGAGGCUUUUUCUAUGGUUUAGCUCAAUUUUGUACUGCAGUUGGAUUAUAUACAAAACAAAUUGUUGUUGUCUAUCUUGGAUACGGAGUUUUUGGUGGUAUUGGUCAUGCUAUUCUAUUUUUAAUACCAAUAUGUGCCCUUCAAAAAUGGUUCCCCGAUCACAGAGGUCUCGCAUCUGGAUUAUCGGUUUGUGGAACGACCUCUGGAACUAUUAUUUUCUCCUUAACCACUCUUCCUUUAUUUGAUAGAAUUGGUAUUGUAAAUUCUUUUCUUACUUUUGGCUCGCUAUAUAUUGGCAUUUCUUUUGGUUUGUCAUGGAUAUUCAGACUACCUCCACCCGAAUAUAAAGCAAGUCUAUCAUUAGGAAUAGAAAUGAAUCAGUUACCAAUCGAUAAUUCCCAACAAAAAGAGGUAGCUGAACCAACUCCCAACAGAAUGACAUUAUAUGAAAGCUUGUUAAGUUCAAGUUUUUUCUUCAUUUUGAUAACUUUUGUUUUAAAUGGACUGACAGGUAAUACUAUCAAUUCUAGAUUAACUAAUUUGAUACAAGACAUUUUCAAUCAAACCUCGAAAGUGGGAUCUAUAUUUCUAUCAAUAUGUGCUACCUGCAAUGUUUUCGGUAGAGUUAUCUAUGGAGUUACUUCUGGAAAAAUUGGAGGGAAAUCGACAUUCAUUAUAAUUCAGAGUUUUACAAUUUCAACCCUGAUUGGCAUGGUCGCUGCUAUUCAGUAUAAUAAUUUACCAGUAUUUUGUACUAUAAGUUUCUUGUAUGCCGUUAAUUUUGGUGGAUCACAAGGAAUAGUUGCUGGAUAUCUUACAGAAAAAUUUGGAAUAGAAAACUUAAAUACUUUAUUGGCUAUUGUUAGCGCAGCGUGGAGCAUUUCCGGUGUUUUAUGUGGAUUCAUAUUUACUGCGGUAUAUGAUUCACUUAAAAAAUCCCAUCCUUUCAAUGAUCCAAUUCUCUAUAGCUAUAAUAUCUAUUGGCUUUUUUCAUUAGCUUUUGUAGGUUGGAUAUUGUGUUUCUUUACGCCAGAUACUAGAGAUAGAAAUUAUCCAGCUGCUCCAAAUCAAAUCUUUCAGACAAGACUAUUUGGGAGAGUUUUUCGUUUAAUAAAGAGAAGAGGAAACCCUUUUGAAUUACUUUCAAAAACAAAAGAAAAAGAGGAAUGGUACAACUUUUUAUUAAAAAAUAAUAAAUAA